AUGCUGCUGGCCGUUGCUCUCGUGUUCGCGGUGCCACGCGACUCGCGCGAGCUCGUGAUCAAAGGCGAUACGGCGCCACCGCACAAGUACACGCACGUUGUGUCGCUCAGACGGUCUGAAAACAUAAACGGCCCACCGAGCUACGCGGACAUGAAACACUGCGGAGGAGGAGGAAUCGGGUUCGGAACGGGGUGGCAGCCCUGCGGUUUCUGCGGCGGCUCGCUCAUCGCAACGAACGUCGUGCUUACAGCUGCACAUUGCUUCAACUCGAAUGGCUACAACUGGUACUCUCCUCAGAUGAAUAAGGCCAACGCCCCUUUCCUCUGGGUUGGCGUCCACCGCUGGAACCUGAACGACCCUGAUCACGAGGAGGUCGAGACCGACACGUGCUCGGGCUGGAUCAAAGUGGAUACCAUCACCAAGCAUCACGACUACGACAUGAUUAGCGACCAGAACGACAUCGCCAUUCUACACCUGGCCGGCCAUGUGGAGUGUGCAGAGACGCAGCUGGUGCAGCUCGACUCGAUCGAAUACUCGGUGUACGAUCGGUGGCUCUACUCCGAGGCGGUGGUGGUUGGCUGGGGAAACACACAGGCUGGAUAA